CAGGACAGGGACAACUCACGGAUCAUGAGAGCAGCCAAGAUGCCACUUGAAUGGGUUAUACCAUGGCUCACCCUCUACUUUGGAUUAUCUGCAGCCAGCACUGUCAUGAUUCCGACAAUGACCCAAGUGUACACAAUUAAAGAAGUGAGACCUGCUCACAACGACCAGAUCUGCAGUACAUGGGGAAACUACCACUUUAAGACUUUCGAUGGAGAUUUCUUCCAGCUUCCCUCCUCUUGCAACUAUAUCCUUGCAUCCCAGUGUAAGGCAAGCUUUGAAAGUUUCAACAUCCAGUUCCAACGGCAGGAGAUGGAUGGGGUCCCCACCAUUAAGAAGGUCACCAUGAGACUGGAGGGAGCUGUUGUGGAAUUAGACAAGACUUCCAUCAAAGUCGAUAAUGAACUUGUCACUAUACCAUUCAGCCAGGGUGGCAUUUCAAUUGCAAGAACCGUCUCCUACAUUAAAAUCGACGCAAAGCUCGGUGUGGUCGUCAUGUGGAAUGAAGAUGACGCCCUCUGGGUUGAGUUGGAUGCAAAAUUCAAAAAUCAGACCUGUGGCCUGUGUGGUGACUACAAUGGAGUCCAGGUUUAUGAUGAGUUCAUCAGGACAGGAACUGGGGAGUCUUUCACUAUUGAAUACUAUGGGGAGGCCUCGCAAAACGAUGGUCCCAAUGAAGAGUGUGCAGCAAUGUCCUCUUCAGCCACGCAGAGCUGUGCAAAUCAAACAGACCUCUGUACAAACUUGCUGUCAGGACCAGCAUUUCUCAGCUGUCAAAACCUGAUUGAUAUUGACUCGUUCACCAAAGCCUGUAUGAAGGACCUGUGCCGCUCCAACAACAGCACUUCAUGCUUGUGUGCAACCAUGUCAGAGUACUCCCGUCAGUGUGCUCAUGCAGGCGGACAACCACAGCAAUGGAAGACCGCACAACUGUGUUCAACAACAUGCCCUUUCAACAUGGAGUAUAAAGAAUGUGGUAGUCCCUGUACUGACACCUGCAGCAACCCCCAGAGAAGCCAAGUGUGUGACGAUCACUGCAUGGAUGGAUGUUUCUGUCCAUCUGGGACUGUCUUUGACGACAUUAUACAAAAUGGCUGUGUUGCUAUUGACAAGUGCACCUGUUUACACAAUGGCCAGCCCUACCAACCAGGGGAAUCGUACACAAGGGCGUGUCAAAAAUGCAUGUGUACCCGGGGCCAGUGGCGCUGUGAGGAUAUAGAAUGUCCUGGUAUCUGCUCCCUGCUGGGUGGUGCCCACAUCUCCACCUAUGAUGAUAAAAUGUAUACUUUCCAUGGAGAUUGCUCCUAUGUUCUCACCAAGGAAAUCAAUGGGACGUUCAGUGUCCUAGGUGACCUGGCCAAAUGUAAAAAUUCAGAUAAAUCAACGUGCCUGGCUGCAGUCACCCUACUACUGCCUAAACACAUGAUGAUUGUAGUUGAUUCCAGCGGACAGUUUUUGUAUAACAAACUGAUCACACAGCUGCCUUUUUUCAUGGAUGAUGUAACAGUCUUCAGGCCAUCGACAUUCUUUAUUGUAAUCCACACCAGUUAUGGGCUUCAUCUCGAGAUUCAGCUCUCACCCAUUAUGCAGAUCUACAUCAAAGCCAGUGUUUCCAAUAAGGGAAAACUCAGGGGUCUUUGUGGAGAUUUUAAUGAUGUGGAAGCUGACGACUUCAGAACCACUAAUGGAUUGAUUGAGGGAACGGCUGGGACAUUUGUCAACACCUGGAAAGCCAGAGGAAGCUGCCGCGAUGUGACAAACGCACUCGGCGACCCCUGCACUUUGAGUAUAGACAAGGAGAAAUAUGCUAAACAUUGGUGCGGCUUGCUGUCAGACCCAAAUGGGAUUUUUGCAAAGUGCCAUUCUGAAAUAAACCCAGAAGACUAUCAAACUGCUUGUAUUUAUGACACUUGCGCCUGCGAAAACAGUGUCAAGUGCAUGUGUGCUGCCAUAUCCUCCUACGUCCAUGCAUGUGCAGCUGAAGGUGUCUUACUGAACGGAUGGAGGAGCACUGAAUGCCAGAUAUUCACAACUGGCUGCCCCCCUACUUUCGUGUAUGGCUACCAAAUGACAAGCUGUGAUCGCACCUGCAAAUCUCUCAGUCAGUGGGACUCAACAUGCGAGGUUGAGUUUACCCCGCUUGAUGGCUGCGGCUGUGGUGAGGGAACUUACCUAAAUGAGAAGGGAGACUGUGUGCCAGCCUCACAUUGCCACUGUCAUGUGGGAGACAUGGUGGUACGCCCUGGGCAGGUCAUCAGACACCUUGGGCAAACUUGCUCCUGCCAUAGUGGAAAAUUAACAUGCACAGGAGACCACAUAAGUGAAUCAUGCACAGAGCCAAUGGUUUUCAUCAGCUGCUCAAACGCAAAACCAGGUGACAAGGGAUCUGAGUGCCAAAAAAGCUGCCAGACACUGGGCACAGAAUGUGUCAGUACACAGUGUAUGCCAGGCUGUGUAUGCCCUGCUGGCCUGCUGUCUGAUGGUAAAGGAGGCUGUGUUACGGAGGAGAACUGUCCCUGCCCAUUCAACGGAGAAUCCUAUAAUUCUGGACAGACUGUCACUGUGGACUGCAAUACCUGCACUUGCAAAAGCGGAAAAUGGAAUUGUACAGAAAAUGAGUGUGAUGGGACCUGUACCAUAUAUGGAGAAGGGCAUUACAUCACCUUUGAUAAAAAGAAAUUCUCCUUUCACGGGGACUGUGGCUACGUCUUCACUCAGGAUUACUGUGGGGACGAUAUGAAUGGCACCUUCAGGGUCCUGACUGAGAGCAUCCCAUGUGGAACAAGUGAAAGCAUCUGCUCCACUGCUAUCAAACUCUACUUAGGGAACAAUGAAAUUGUUCUGUCAGAGGAACAUGUCAGAGUUAUCAAGCAAAACAAAGGGGAGGACAUACCCCAUCACAUCCAGACAAUGGGCAUAUAUCUUGUCAUUGAGGCAAAGAAUGGACUUGUUCUCAUUUGGAAUAAGAAGACGACACUCAUGAUCAGACUCAAGCCCACAUUCAAGGGAAAAGUCUGUGGUCUUUGUGGUAAUUAUGAUGGGAAUGUAAAAAAUGAUUUCACCACCAGAGACAAACAGAUUGUGGUUGAAGCCCUUGAGUUUGGAAACAGCUGGAAAGACUCACCUACCUGCCCUAAUGCAAACACACAUAGAAAUCCCUGCAGUCUAUACUCACACAGACAGGCAUGGGCAUUAAAACACUGCAGUAUUAUCAACAGUGAAGUGUUUGCCAGUUGCCAUUCAAAGGUGGACCCAAGACAUUAUUAUGAUGCCUGUGUGAGAGACACAUGUUCCUGCAACACAGGGGGAGAUUGUGAAUGUUUCUGCUCCUCUGUAGCAGCUUACGCAGCAGCUUGCAAUGAAGCUGGAGCCUGUGUAAGAUGGAGAACUCCCACAAUCUGCCCUCUAUUCUGUGAUUUUUACAACCCUGAUGGAGAGUGUGAAUGGCACUACGAGCCUUGUGGAAAACCAUGCAUGAAGACAUGUAGGAAUCCCUCAGGAGUAUGCUACAAUCACAUUCCAGCAUUAGAAGGCUGCUAUCCAAGCUGCCCGCCCGAAAAAUCUUAUUUGGAAGAAAUUACCAUGAAGUGUGUGUCAGAGAAAGAAUGUGGCUGCUAUCUCGAAGGAACGCAUUAUGAAGAAGGGGAGCGCAUGCCUCGAAAGGAAAACUGUCAAAUUUGUCACUGUUCAUCAACAAAGCGUGAGUGCAGUGAUAGCGUCAAAGCUUGCGAGUGUUCAUAUCAUGGACGUAUAUACAAAUAUGGAGAUACAAUCUAUGACACAAAUGAUGGAAAUGGAACCUGUAUCAGAGCUGUUUGUGGAGAAGGAGGAAAUAUUACCAGAAUCAUGGAUCCGACUUGCCCUCAUACAACCACCUCGGCAACACCUACAACAAUCUUUGUUUUUAGCACAAGUGGUAAAUAUGAGAGACAAAAAAAGUGCAUUGGUGUAAAACAUUUACAAGCCCAUUUUAAUGAUGUAUUUUGACACUUUAAAGACAACUUCCUAGGUUCAUCUUCUUUUUCUUUCUUUUUUU